CCAGGCAAAGAGCUGCAGGAGGAGGAGGAGCAACACCGGAAACACAAGAAGGUUGACGUCAUUUUCCAGAAGUGAAAAGUUAAAUUGUGAGAGCAGCAGCAGAGCUGCAGUCGAGUCCUGUUUGUCUCUAAAAGAAGAUUCACCGAGUCCAUCAGGCUCCUCUCAGCAACACUGAGUGCAGACAUGUCUGCUUCCAGCAAUCUACAAUCUGAAGAUCAGUUUCUGUGCUCCAUCUGUCUGGAUGUGUUCACUGAUCCAGUCAGCACAUCAUGUGGACACAACUUCUGUAAGAAAUGCAUCACUCUGCACUGGGACAUGAAUCAGAGCUGUCAGUGUCCCAUGUGUAAAAAGGUGUUUAAUAUCAGACCUGAGCUUCAUGUUAACACCUUCAUCUCUGAGGUGGUUGCUCAGUUCAGACGUGAAGCUGAGCAGAAAGCCAGCAGCAGCAGCUCAGAGCAACAAGCUGCCAAACCAGGAGAAGUUCCCUGUGACGUCUGCACCAGAACCAAACUGAAGGCCCUGAAGUCCUGCCUGGCGUGUCUGACGUCCUACUGUUUGACUCACCUGGAGCCUCAUCUGACAGCUUCACGUCUGAAAAGACAUCAGCUGGUGGAGCCUGUAGAGGACCUGGAAGGCAUGAUGUGUAUGAAGCACGAUAAACCUCUGGAGCUGUUAUGUAAGAGCGACCAGACAUGUGUCUGCAUGCUCUGCCCUGUUUUAGACCACAAGAACCACGAGUUUGUUCCUCUCAGAGAAGAAUAUGAAGGAAAGAGGGCAGAGCUGGGGAAGAUAGAGGCUGAAAUUCAGCAGAUGAUCCUGAAGAAACGACUGAAGGUUCAGGAGAUCAGAGAGUCAGUGAAGAUGAGCAAAGAUGCUGCAGACAGAGAGAAAGCAGAAGGUGUUCAGGUCUUCACUGUUCUGAUGGAGUCUGUUGAGAGAGGCCUGAAGGAGCUCAUAAAGGAGAUCGAAGACAAACAGGAAACAACAGAGAAACAGGCUGAAGGUUUCAUCAAGGAUCUGGAACAGGAAAUCUCUGAACUGAUGAGGAGAAGCUCUGAGGUGGAGCAGCUCUCACGCUCUGAAGACCACCUCCACCUCCACCUUCUCCAAAACUUCCUGUCCCUGAAAGCUGCUCCACCCACCAAGGACUGGACAGAGGGCAGUGUCCAUCCACCAUCAUAUGAGGGGACUGUGGUGAGAGCUGUGGCUCAGCUGGAGGAGACACUCAGGAAACACAUGAAGAAGAAGCUGUUUGAGGCUGAGCUGAAGAGGGUCCAGCAGUAUGCAGUGGAUGUGACUCUUGAUCCUGAUACAGCACAUCCUAAACUCAUCCUGUCUGAUGAUGGAAAACAAGUGUAUCAUGGUGAUGUGAGGAAGAAUCUUCCAGACAACCCAGAGAGAUUUUCUUACUGUGUUUGUGUUUUAGCAAAGCAGAGUUUCUCUUCAGGCAGAUUUUACUUUGAGGUUCAGGUUAAAGGAAAGACUGCCUGGGAUUUCGGGGUGGCCACAGAGUCCAUCAACAGGAAGGGAUACAUCACACUGAGUCCUCAGAAUGGUUUCUGGACUGUGUGGCUGAGAAAUGGAAACAGGUACAGAGCUCUUAUUGGAUCUCCACUCCCCCUCUAUCUUCAGUCUGGUCCUGAGAAGGUGGGGGUGUUUGUGGAUUAUGAUGAGGGUCUGGUCUCCUUCUAUGAUGUAGAUGCUGCAGCUCUGAUCUACUCCUUUACUGGCUGCUGCUUCACUCAGAAACUCCACCCAUACUUCAGUCCCUUUUUGAAUCAGGGUGGUAAAAACUCUGCUCCUCUGAUCAUCUGUCCUGUCAAUCAAACUGAGUCAAUCAGCGACUGAUUUGAUUUGAUGAACUGAUUGAUUUUUAUUGAAGGGAACAAAUGAACAUAUUCAGUGUGAAUACUCUACAGUUUCCAUGUUUUCUCUAGAAUCUGAUUCUCAUAGAAUUUGAUGCAAAAAGAAGAAAAGUUGAAUCAGGAAAUUUUCCCACUAAUCGAGACUCGAGCUGAAAACAAAACAUCAGAAUAAAUGUCAGAAAGCUUCAUUAAAGAAUAAAGUUUGUUAAAUGCUGUUAGUGGAUACAGAAACGUGUUGUUGUUAUACGGAGCAUUCAGAGCUCAGCUGAUGUCGGCUACACAGAGCUUUGGUUACUUUGGGUCUGUGAGGAUUUCUGAUCUGUUCAGUGAAACCUGAUAAGAUGGGAUAAUAUUCAAAGAAUUAUGUAAAUAUUCAUAAACCCAUUUUUCCUUCUCCAGCUGAUGGUCCCUCAGCUCUCAGCUGAGCCCUUUUCUGUGUCUCAGACACUUUUGUAAAAUCUUUAUACAUUUAAUCUUAAGUCAGAUAUUCAAGGACUAGUUUUACUGACCUCCCUCCUCCACAUAUUUUAAUCUUCAAGUUGUUUGGUUUUUAACUUUCCUAAUCAAUAGUCAAAUCCUAAUAUGUAUUACUAUAUUUGAUGGAACAGAAUAAAUAUUUGCAAGUUCA